AUGGCCAUAUACGUCACCAACUGCGGCGUCAUCAAGAUUGCUCUCUUGCUCCAGUACCUCCGCAUUUUCAAGGCUGGACUCAUGCGAUGGAUUUGCAUUGGCCUCCUCGUCGCUGUGACUCUUUGGGGUAUCGCCUUUUCGAUCACCGCAUGGUUUCCUUGCUUUCCAGUGCGAGGGUACUGGGACCGCACAGUAUCUGCGAAUUGCUACGGCUUCGGACUCGGAGACCUUGAUAGCUUCAUCGCUACGUACAAGGCGCAAGCGGCCACCAACAUGUUGUUCGAUAUCUCCAUCUUCAUUGCGCCAAUGGUGUUGUUCAGAACACCAAACCUGCGAUCCAAGAACGUGUUCGCAAUGGCUGGCGUGUUCACUUUUGGAGCUGUCGUUGUCGGAACAUCAGUCUGGCGACUCCACGGCAUCGUCGAAACCAAAGGCGCAACCUAUCCCUACGUCGACUACACCUGGUGGUCGCCAACUCUGAUCAUCCUCACCUGCCUCGAAAUCGACCUCGCCAUCAUCUGCGCCUCCAUGCCGAUUUUCUGGCCCAUCAUCGAGAAGUCGCUCAGCGCCAUCUUCGUCAGCUACGAAGUCCAGGUUGUGGAGGAGCGCGUCGACGACUAUGGUCUUACCUAUGAGCUGGAGCACAUGAAGGGGGAUGACAGGCCAUGCAGCAUAAAGAGCAGCGGGACGAGCACACAAGAGUUGACGAAUGACGAUGAAGAGUCACAUCCGAGGAGACCACAAUUCACGGUGGGCUUUGAUCCUCUGAGUGAGGAACAAAGAAACAAUGGGUUGAGUACGAACGUUCAGUCGACAGCUCAGUCGAAAUGGCAGCUCUAG